AUGCCUACCACGCCUGAGAGCAGGAAGAGGCAACGCUCGCAAGCUGACGCUGAAGGCUCCGACAUGCGUGCACCAAGCACUCCGAUGACGCGCCUCCGUCUCGACGCUCCCAGCAACGACGGGGAGAGUUACUUCUCCAGUCAGGAUACCCCGACGACGACGGCCGGAUCACUCUUCGAUGCCUCGAGCCAGCACAGCAGUGCUUAUUCACGUGCCACCAGUCCAGAGGUAGACCCCUGCGCUGACGCAGAUGUAACGGCUACUGCCGCCAUUCCAGUCAAGGCUCUGUACAGCAACGUCUAUGCUCACGCCCGCGCUUUGUUGAGAUACGCAGCAGGAACUUCACUUGAAGCACCGGCACCAUCAUCACCAUCGACUGGCGACGCAACACCAGGCUCUUCCUCUGUUGCUGCUGUGCAGAUCGACGGCUCAGACGUCCAAGUCAUCGGUCGACAUCAGGAGCGUCGUGCCCUGCACGCCUUCAUGUCGAAGCGCUUCGGCAUCUUCUCCUCAGCCGACCAGGUGGAUGCCAACAUUGAAGAGCUACUCGACGGCAAUCCAGACUCUGGAAGCCUCUACAUCUGUGGUCUGCCAGGUACAGGUAAGACUGCUCUGGUCCGCUCGGUGCUCGGCGAGGUCCUGGACUUGGCCGAGACAGAAGCCAGUGCGCCGCGCGUGGCCUUUGUCAACUGCAUGGCCGUCGAUCAUCCUCGCCAGAUCUUCGUCAAGGUGCUGGCAGCACUCGGAGAGACUGUCAAGGGUGCAAGCGAGAGCCACACUGAAGCCGAGGCUGAGAGAAAGAUGGACAAGAUCGUCAAUCAAAGCAGCCGCAGAACCCUCAUCGUCUUGGAUGAGAUCGACCAUCUGCUCCGCUCUCGAGCUCAUCAGAAUGUACUAUAUCGACUAUUCGCCUGGGCUUCCGAGGGCACCUCAUGUGGCCUCAUCGGCAUUGCCAACUCUCUGGAUCUGACGGAGCGCUUUGUCCCUCUCCUGGCCAGCAAAGGAGCAGCACCAGCGCUACUGCACUUCCGUCCUUUCGAGAGCAGGGAGAUCGUAGAGGUGCUCAAGGCCCGACUCGGUGGUCUCCGACCUCGCUACGACGGAGAAGCAGAAGACGAAGCCAUGACCGAGCUGGCGACUUCCUCCGCUUCGUCAUCCGCAGUGCCGGCAGUGCUACCGCUCUUCAUGCCCGCUGCACUUGAGCUUGCAUCAAAGAAGAUUGCCGCUGCAACGGGAGACUUGCGCAAAGCGCUCGAUGCAGCUCGUCUAGCGGUUGAGGUCGUCGAGGGCGAGCAGCGCAAGCAGGCCCUCGCGAACUGUACCGCAACUGGCACAGGCACAAACACAGAAGCAAGCAAGCUCCUCUCGCAUCUUACUCCGUCUUCUGCACCGAAGGUCACCCCUAGCCACAUUCUCAAAGUAAUGAGCGCAGUUCUUGGCAGCCCUCACCUGGGCAAGAUCCGCCAGCUGGGUCUGCAGGCCAAGUUGAUCCUUGCGGCGUACAUCGUAGCUGAGAAGCGUGCUGCUGCCAAUCUGCCCAUCCUAGGCUCUGCCAGCAACGCUUCCUGCAAGAAGCCCAAUUGUAGCACGGCAGGAGCCAUGAGGAUGGCUGACAUUGAAGCGACCUACGGCGCGAUGCUCGCCAACGACGGAUCUUUCACAGCGCUCGAGUCUUCCGAAGUUUUGGAAAUCUUCCACGGUCUAGAAGUACAGGGCACUCUCUCCCUUGGAAGCGAAGCAGAAUCGGCCGGUGGGAGCAGCAACAGCAACAGCACCGGACUCACCGCACCCUCGGGCGCCAGCAGUCCUACCUCUGUGGGUGUCAUUGGCAGCGGCGUCUCCCCAGGCGGCAAGCGCGCAGCAAAGAAGCAGCUCCUUGCCUCUAAUCGCGUCGUCCGUCUUCUCCUGCCAAGGGAAGACGUACAAAAGGGAAUCACUACCGUCGCCUCUACUCUUGGUUCCAACUCGGCUUCCUCGGAUGGGAGUGCAGCUCCUUCGCAGGCGACGGUGGAUGCAAUCAAGCGCAUGCUGACCUUUGAGGAAGAGAGAGUGCGAAGGAGCCGUGGUUGGGAGGAAGUUGCCAAGGCUCGAGAGGAGGUGAGGAGGGAGGAAUUGGGUGGGGGAAGGAUGGCGCUGGGUAUCUAA